AUGACCAAAUCAACAAUUGAAGAAUCCAAUUUGUUCAAGCCAAUCAAUGUCGGUAAUGUCACUUUGAAACAUAGAAUAGCGCAUUUGCCAACAACAAGAGUACGUUCUGACUCAGAAACUCACAUUCCAACUGACUUGCAGUUACAAUACUACAAAGACCGAGCAAAAAGUGGAGGGUUGAUUGUUGCUGAAGGAACAAUUGUUACUCCAAAGUUGGGAAUAUUCCCAAACGUUCCUGGGAUUUGGACUCGGGAGCAGGCAUUGGGUUGGAAACAAAUUGUUGAUGCUGUUCAUGAGCAAGGUGGAUCGAUUGCCUUGCAAUUAUGGGGUGCAGGCAGCAAAGCUAGUCCAGCGUUAUUAAAAAAGAAUGGCCUCGAUUAUGUUGCCGCAAGUGCCAUUUAUCCUGAUAAAGAUACAGAAAAAGCAGCGAUUGAAGCAGAAAACCCACUUAGACCAUUGACUAUUAACGAAAUUGAAAACUUGACCAAGGUUGAAUAUCCCAACGCAAUCAAAUUAGCACUCGAUGUUGCUGGAUUUGACUUUGUUGAGUUACACUUUGCCAAUGGGUUCAUUGCUAGCCAAUUUCUCAAUCCAAACACGAAUGAAAGGGACGAUCAAUAUGGAGGGACAGUUGAAAACAGAUCAAGGUUUUUAUUGGAAAUUAUCGAUAAUGCAUUUAAGGUUGCUGAUCCAAAAAAGAUUGCAGUAAGAUUUUCCCCAGGAAACAAUUUUCGUGAACCAAUUAACCCAGCUGCAAAAGAAGACUUUACGUACAUUGCAGAGCAAUUGCAAGCUAGGGCUGAUACAGGCAACGAAUUGGGGUUCAUUGAUCUUGUUGACGGCUCGUUUGAUUUAUCAGAUAACAAAUCUGAUCUCGUUGACAUUUCGUAUUUUUUGAGUAAAUGGAAGGGCACUGUUUUGCGCGGCGGAAGCUACAAUCUUGAAAAAGAGCAACAAUGGAAAAGGCCAGUUGAUGUUGCUAAUGCCGACGAUAGGACUUUAGUAGGAUUUGGAAGACAAUAUAUUGCCAACCCCGAUUUGCCUGAUAGAAUUAAAAACAAUUGGCUGUUGAACGCAUAUGAUAGAAAAACUUUUUAUACUUUAUACAACUAUGGAUACAACACAUAUCCAUUCCAUGGGCAAGUUUUCGAUGCUGACCCAGAAGCCAAAGUUGAAGGUAUUCCACUCAGCUAG